UACAAGGCCACUGAUUGGUACGUCUUGCAACGACCGUAGCUAUGGAGGAAAAAACACUUUAGCUGCUUAAAUUUAUAUUUAUGCGGUUGUUUAGUGGUUUCGUGGAGGAGGCGGGGCAUAGGCGGAAGAGUUAAAUUAAUACACAGUAUAGUUGUACUGUUAUAUUUAAACGUUACGUAGAAUUCAAAGCUUAGUUUAUAUUUUUAAAUAUAUACUGGCUUUUAACUUCUCAGGAGUUUCUGAUUGACUGUGAGAUGGAAACUUGUUUCAUCGAUAGACCGACGUCGACAGAUAUAUCGCCAGUUGAUUGCCUAGAGCUACCUGAUAAAACAUUUAGCCAGGUUUGUUAAUUUUGCAAAUUCGUCAUAUUCGCGGUAGCAUGCAAAAUGUUUUGAUCUCGAAUAUUUACUUCAGUAAUGUUUCCUGGAUUGGCUGGCUACCUAUGCAAGUUAGCUGGGUAAGUUAGAUAUUGCCGUAGCGGUUCAUCAGAGUAAUACACGUAGCCAGCUAGCAUAUAUAUUGCUAGCUCCGGACCAUUGGCCCUAGUUAGCCAGCCAGCUAGCUAGAAUUUAGCUCAGGAUCCGAGCUGAGGUGUUGCUUUCACUAUCUACCAAAAAUGCGAUAGAGAGGGAGGGAUGGGGAGAGCAUCCCGCUGAUUCAGCCAGCGGUCCCGUUUGGACCAAAGGUUCUGGGUGAGGCCUGCAGGUCGGGCUUUCGCCGGACUACAGUGAUACAUUCUGACCGAGAGAGAAAGAGGUAGGGGGCCAGCUUUAGCAGCAGUGAACUCGAAGGCCUAGGUGCACGGAAUGGAACGGAUGGAAAUUGACCAGUGCGCAGGCGCGACUGUGGCUACUGGAGGCGGGGCUCUGCGAAGGUCGAACAGCGCCCCCAUGAUUACUGGUGUCAGCGAUGGGAUGGCAGUGUUCAGCUCAGCUGGUUCUGCCCGUUGUCGGCGGAGCAGUGUGUCUGUGAACCCCAGCUGCCCUGGCCUGUUUCAGGCGCUUCCUCUGUCCCCUUUUCCGACGUCCAUAGAGAGAUCGGCUCCCCAAAGGCAGGAUGAAAGCAUGGAACUCAGCUUGCGUGGGAACCUAAGACAGAGUGCUUCCCCUUUGGUGCCACUUCCACCAAUCACACACUGGCAUGAUCACAUUGAUCAGGGAGUCCAUUCUCUGGACAGUGGCGUUACACCCAAUUCGUCACCUAGUCCAACAAGGAGAUUCAAAAACAGGGCAGCCCUGACCACUGCUGUAAGAUGGCCUGUUUUAACACCACUCAAAAGGAAAGGAGGUGUCGAGUCCGAUGCCCCACCCAAGAAACUCUUUGUUGCUGGAGUAACCGAAUCUCCCCAUGUUGCUGGUUAUACAUGUCUCCCACCCAGCUGACAGUCCCCAGGGUGAUGGGUCCACAUCAGCCACGACGCAGGGCAGCCCCCGGUCAUGCCACCCCAAUCAUCCCAGCCUCUAGACAACGGACCGUAUAUGUACCACUUGUAGAGACAAUGGCAGGCUUGUGAGGCAAUCAGAAGGUGAUGACUGGGCUGGUUUAGAGCGAAGGAGAGCUGACGUCCCUGCACAGUAACAAUGCUGAAGUUCGAAAAUAUUGCACCGUAUCACGCUUGAGCGUUGUACUGUCACAGUGUGUAGUCAUAGCUACUGUCAGUUUGCCUGUAACCUGCCAGAGGUUUUUCAGGUUUUAAACACAAUACAGUACAACAGUACUUUCAUUUCCUCCUCAGGCUAAAAUGGUUUCUUAUGCUUACCCUGCAGAGCCCCUAUAUAUAUAAGGCAAUAAUGCAUUGCUCUUGAAGACAUAAAAGCCAUUUUUCUACCAAAAAAAUGGGGGAAAGAAAUUGACAUUAACGGCAAAUGUCCAUUGGACAAAAAGAAUCUUGAUAAUCCUUUGAAUGGGUUAUGUCUGUAUUUUUUUAGGUUAUGUGUACAUUUACUUUGUACAUAAACUGGACAGAAGCUCUGUGUUUUGACCUCAGUAUUUGUGACUAAUGGGGUUUGCAUUCCUCAUUGGGCAGGGCUGUCCGGAGAGAAGCAUUUCAUGGUCCUGCUCAGAUGCAGGACGUUACGUUUUUUCUAUUAUGUAAAAAGAUGUUAGUAGCAGAGAAUCUGCAGUGCAAAGAUGGAAUCAUCAGUCUCUGACAUAUUCUUGCAAGUAAUUUGCCUGUUAGCUUUUCUAAAUACUUCAGUAUAACAAAGUUUUUUUUUUUCCUUUCAGAUUCAGGUUUGCUCCACAAUUAAACAGCAUGUCACAUAAAUUUGUCUAGUUUUUGGAUAUUACUUUAUUUUAUGUAUCAUUCACACAGUGUCUUGAUAAUCCGAUUUUGACUAAAUAUUUCUUUGCUUUGUUUUAAUGGAGCAGAUUUUGUACAGGAGCUAAUAAUAAGUGGCACCUGACAAUUGUCCCUUUCUUGAUAUGAGAAGGACCCACUUUCAGAAUCAGCCUGAAUUAGCCAAGAGCAAAUUAUCUGUUCGCCUGUUGUAACAUGUAAAUGCUCAUUUGUGUGUGUGUGUCUGUGUGUAAAUAUACACAUAAACAACAUACAACAAAACCAUUGAUUGAUAGCCUCCCCAAAAAUUUUUUUUUUUCCUUGGUUUUUCAUGCAAAGUGGUUCCUUGCAUGACAACUAAUAAUGGCAAUAACAUUCAUUCUGGUGUGUAUGCAGUGUUAAGCAACAUGUUAGCUAAAUUGCUGUAAAAAUAUGUAUAUGUUACUUAUUAAUCAGAUUAUCCUCAGUUUAUCAUGAAGUAGUAGAAAACAUGUGAGAAACAUAUUCCAGGGCUGUGCUAAGGUGUUCCAGUGACUAAUAUGUGACUGCAUAUUUCUGAUCUGUUUAAGUACCAGAAAAAUCAUUUUUUACAAGGUUUGUUGGCCAAAAUGCAUGUAUACAUUGUCAUUCAUAUUUUAACAAAAUAUUCAAAACUCCAUGAAUAUAACUUCCACUACUGGAAAACACAGAAUCUGCACAUUUGCCAUCAAGAAUGGCCUUUCGUAUGUGUUUGAAAUUUGUAAAUAGGUUUGAAAAAUAGGAUCAAGUAUUUUUAUGGACUUGCAAGAUUAAAAAAAAAAAAUCAUUCCUCAGUCUUUCAUUCAUGUGAU